UCGACCUUCACGAAAAUGGCGUCUUGUUCUCUUCCUUUGUUCCCAUGCCUUUCCUCGAUCAAAAUGACGAUGAAGCCCAUGGCGACUCUCACCAAUUCCCCUAAAACUAUAGUUCCAUACGAGCUGAAAAAGGGGCAAAACCGUCUUUUUCACAAGCUACCUUCGGGUUUAAAAAUGGAGGUAAUCGAACAGAGGAGAAGCAAAUCCGAAAGAGACACUCCACCAUUAGUGUUUGUUCAUGGAAGUUACCACGCAGCUUGGUGUUGGGUUGAGCAUUGGUUACCUUACUUCUCUUCUUCUGGGUUUGAUUCUUAUGCUGUUAGCUUAUUAGGUCAGGGUGAAAGUGAUGUACCUUUAGGAACAGUUUCUGGAACACUUCAGACGCACGCAAGUGAUAUUGCGGAUUUUAUCGAAUCGAAUCUUGGUUCUUCACCACCUGUGCUUAUUGGUCAUUCUUUUGGAGGACUCAUUGUUCAGUAUUACUUGGCAAAUAUUGUAAACAAACAGUCGUUUGGAUCAGAAAGUGUGUUUCCGGAACUUUCAGGGGCUGUAUUGGUUUGCUCGGUUCCACCUUCGGGUAAUAGCGGAUUAGUGCUACGUUAUCUCUUCUCUAAACCUGUAGCUGCGUUUAAGGUUACUCUCAGUUUAGCUGCCAAAGGUUUUCAGAAAUCUAUUCCUCUUUGUCGGGAAACAUUCUUCUCUCCAGCCAUGGAUGAUCAACUUGUGAAGCGUUACCAGGAUCUUAUGACAGAGAGUUCACGGAUGCCACUGUUUGAUCUGAGGAAGCUAAACGCAUCACUUCCAGUGCCUAAACCAAUGGAGAAUUCGACAAAAGUUCUUGUUUUAGGUGCUAAAGAUGAUUUCAUAGUGGAUGAUGAGGGGCUGAUGGAAACCGGAAGGUUUUACAAUGUUGAACCGGUUUGUAUUGAAGAUGUUGCUCAUGACUUGAUGCUUGACUGUUCAUGGGAGAAAGGUGCUGAGGUUCUUUUGAGUUGGCUUUGUGAAUUGUCUAAACCGGAAACUUUAUCUGCGUAAUGACCGGACUUUUCGGGUAGGUAACUGCUUCUCUUCAUUUUUUCAGGUAAAAGAAUGUUUAAGUCUAAAUUUCUUAGUUAAAUGAGAAAGAAGAAUGAAGGUUAAUUUAUAAGUUUUUGGAUAGUAAAGAUGAUGCGUGUGAGAAGAAAACAAAAAUCUCGA